UCUUCGUCUGCAAAUGGACGGGAAAACCCAUGAGUGUCGAAAAUACACUUGGGAAGAAGUUCGCCGUCAUAACACCGCAACAGACUGUUGGGUUGUUAUCGAUGGAAAAGUAUACAACGUUAGCAAAUGGCUAAAAUUUCAUCCUGGCGGAGUCUUGCCCCUACUCUAUUCGGCCGGCCAAGAUUGUAGCAGUGUGUUCAAAGCCUUUCAUCCAUUCUCCUGGAUAAGGGAAAAGCGUCUGCCGCCGUUCUACAUCGGCGAUAUAAGCGAGCCAGACAAGGAAGGAGUUAAAGAGUCUGAAAUCUCAAGCGAACUGGAUAAAAUUCAGGAAGAAAUAGUGAAAGAAGGCGGCUAUGAGACGCAUUGUAAGUUGAUUUAACGAGGUUGAAUAUCACAUCAUUUUAUCCAACCGUUGACAGUCAUGUAUGUAUAUGUUUCGUUUGUAUUCCAUUAUUUUUAACAGAGAUAAUGAAAAAGCUUUAUGUAAUAACUCUGAAACUUGCGAACAGUUUUUAAUAAAAAAAAUAUAAGCAAUUUUUCCCUUGGUUUUUUUCGAGGGCCGUGUUUAUAUAUUGCAUUGCCAAGCCGGCAAAAUUUGACAAGCGCCGGCCGUUUGCGCAAACUGGUUUGUGCGUUGAUGCAUAAAUACUGAACGCUAUGUCCAGCCUCAUUUCGAGCGAUUUAUACGUUUCUAUGAAUCGAAAAAUACAGGUUUUUGAAAGAGGAAAAGGGUGUGUUCCAUUGCUGUAAAUGGAUGAGAUUUUUUAUUUGUGUUUGCACCUGUCAUGUUUGUAGUGCAGCUGUCAGAAACAUAAUAAACCGACGCUUAGUUUGAAGUGUAAAAAGGCAAAGCUCUUUCAGAUACCAAGUUCUCGUGGUUUGUGAAAGUAGUCGAUGUGUAACAGACAAUGAGUUUAGUCUAAAUACAUGACGGGAUGUGUUGAUUUAAUGCUUAUAGCACAGGAUAUACAGUACACUUUUUGGAUAUUGUUUAUAUAAACUAAUGCUAUUAAUCUUAACAUAUUAAAUGGAAAGAAAUAUACGAAGCGAUUAAGCUAGCUAUCUCCAGAGACAUAUUCGGGGGUUGAAACUCGGUGCAUUGGUUGCCUACUUGCCUGCCUAAACUGAACAUCCAAAAUAUUUCCACCACUUGAGCAAUUUCAAAAUUUCUGAUUGCAGAAGGCAUGCCCAGAACUUUCCAGAGGGUUUGGCCCUUCGAUAUUCAGAUAUGUCACUUAAGCCCCCGUUUCAUAUGCAUACUUUUUACAGGUGCUGAAUUAAAUUAAGUAUGGCAUUUGUGUGAAUUUGGUAUGGCAGCUGAUUCAUACGGCAUUUAUUAUAGCAAAUUUAAUUUGUUCUUGAUGUUUCGGUUGUUUUUGGUGUUCCGGUUAAAACCUUAAUCGGCUGCCACACCAAAGUCGCAUAAUGCAGUAAGACAUGUUGAAUUUAAUUCUUUUGCCAGACCAAAUUAAGUUGCUGAACUUAAUUUGAUUCAGACGCCAUGAAUUGAAUUCAGCACAUGUGAAGUACGGCCUCUUGAAUCAGGCCUAAGGGCUCUUUCAAAAGAAGUCCAAUAUGUCCCCCUCUGGAUGGCGGAAUGUGGACCUUUUCUGGAUUGACUCUAUGUGUCAAAUUUAGUUUUUGAAUUAUGCACUAGAACGGUCUAUGCCAGUGUAAGUAGUGAUAAUAAUAAGAAAGCAGUGGAUUAAAAGGAUACAACUACCUGAAAAAUACAAGCAGUGUUAUUUUCUGCUGGCUGAGGAACGAAAGAGGCAGAAAAUGUUUUUCUCACACACUGCUGGGGAAUUGGGUGAAGGGUGGGGUCAAGGUAAUCAGACUCACUUUUUUGCUUGCCUUGUGCUAGCCUGACCUGUGUUGUUUUUGUUGAGCGAAAAGUUUGCCUUUGUUGGCGUGGUAGUCAUGCCUAAACAAUCAAAUCAACCUAAAUCAGACUCUAGAGCGUUACGGCGCCUAGAUCCGUACAAUAGAAGUCCUCGAGAGCGGGAAGAAAAUCCAGAACGAAGUUCGCGCCAUUCGAGUGGCGAAAAAGCAAGGUCGCGUCCUUCGCAAUCCGCCAGUCGUUCAGAGACUCGUAGUCGCUCAUGUUCGCCAUCUGAACCGCCACAAUGGGCGAGAGAGUUGUUAAAGAAUCAGGAGGAUUAUAGAAAAGAAAUGAAACGUCUACAAAGCGAAAUCGAGCGUCUAUGUCGACGCGGGAUUGUGGGCAAACUAUGGGUGUUGUUUUGUCUACUUUUUGGUGAAUGUUAAAACAAACGAAUGUACGUAACGUGAACUGUCAAUAAUAUGCGAAUAAAUAAAUAACUAAAAAAUUGAAUUGUCAAUACCAAAUGGCCUGUUAGGGGCACAAUGGCCUGUUAGGGGCACAAUAGCCUGUAAGGGGCAUAAUAGCCUGUAAGGGCAGAAUCGCCUGUUAGGGGCAAAUGGCCUGUUAGCGGCACAAUAGUUUGAAAGGGGCAAAUACCAGAGUGGAGUUCUGCCCAUGGUGGCCAUUGUUGUUUACCUGAUAAGAAUUAUGGCAAGCUUUGUCAAAGCCUGUUGCAGAGUUGAACCACACGACAGUUUUUGGAACUCAGUUCAGCAGCAAGUAGCCAAUUGGCUUUGGGUGGCCUGUCAGGGGCGCAAUCACUGUGUAAUAGCCUGUUAGGGCAGAAUUGCCUGUAAAGGGCAAAUGGCCUGUUAGGGGCACAAUAGCCAGUAAGGGCAGAAUGGCCUGUUAGGGGCAAAUUGGCCUGUUAGGGGCGGAACAGCCUGUAAGGGGCAAAUGGCCUGUUAGGGGCACAAUAGCCCGUAAGGGCAGGAUGGCCUGUUAGGGGCAAAUUGGCUUGUUAGGGGUACAAUAGCCGUAAGGGCAAAAUCACCUGUUAGGGGCAUUAAUGGCCUUUUAGGGGCACAGUAUCCUUUUAGGGGCACGAUAUCCUGUUAGGGGCACAAUAUCCUGUAAGGGCAAUUUGCCUGUUUGAGGCACAAUAGCUUGUUCAGGAUUGCCUGUCAAGGAAACAAUACGUAUUAGAGUUACAGUGGUGCAACACUUGGAAGGACUAAAUGACAGUUGUUAUCACAUACAUGGUGUAUGUGCAGGUGGAGCAGCAGCAGCAGCCGCUUUGGAUGUGCCAAUCCUGUUUCACUAACAUGGGGAGUGACAGCCUAGGACAGAUGCUGUGAAGAGAGAUUAUACUCUUUGUUAUUAGUAACAAAAACUGUUAAGAUAAGAACACUUAAUUAAGAGGCUUCUCCCAAAGCCUCUUGAACACUCUAUGCGCUUUUUGCCUUGCGUGUGCAGCAUCCCUCAGCUGUGUGUGAGAAGUGUUAUUUUCUGCUGGCUGAGGAACGAAAGAGGCAGAAAAUGUUUUUCUCACACACUGCUGGGGGAUUGGGUGAAGGGUGGGGUCAAGGUCAUCAGACUCACUUUUUUGCUUGCCUCGUGCUAGCCUGACCUGUGUCCCACCUACCCGCCCUAUUUGCAGGUAGUGCCUAGUUAUUAUGUAGUUGCAGUAGUGUGCUAACUAGAAUUGGGUUUAGUCCAACACGUGGUAAUUAGUGAGUUGCAGUUUGUACGGAUCCGUUUAUUGUAAAUAUGAGAUAUUUUUGUUGAUUAAAGGUCAGGCUGCCUUGCGUGUGCAGCAUCCCUUAGCUGUGUGUGAGAAAUAUAUUUGUGUAUUGUGAGAAAUGAAAUUGCAACCUCGUGGUUUCAAACUUGGUAUUUUGCAUGUGUUUGCUACACGGCAAAAAAUGCGAGCCCGUUGCUCAACAGGACUGAACAAUGUUUUGCUGCCAACGUUGUUCACACUUGUCAACAAUAUUGAACAAUGUUGUUGAGCCUGAAUCGGGUGUAACAAUAUUGUUCAAUAUUGUUGACAGCUAUGAACAAUGUGGGCAGCAAAACACUGUUCAAUCCUGUUUUCAUCAGUAUUGCAUCAACCUGAGCGUUUUUACGCAUGUAGUUGAAUUUGUAGGCUUUCCCAGGGGUUUCUAGGGAGCAAGGCAGAUUUAGCAAGAAGGAAGAAAGGAACAUGGUGAAAUACCUGUGGGGAACAAAUUAAAGGAAACUUGUAAACAUGAGAACACAGACCUGCCUGGGGGACCCUCAGUUUGGCUUGGGCCACCGGUGGAUGUACAUAUAAUUGGCUAUGUCAUUUAACUAUUAUGUUUUAUAUGUAAUGCCUUGAAUUUGUAAUAUACGGCAAUUGCUAACGUGAUUGUGAAUGUGAAUAACGAAAGUAGUGACGUAUUACAUUGGCAUUUUUUUCUGUCAUGAAUUUGCUAACAACAAGCAGGUUUACGUACAUGAUUAUUCUUCACAUGACUUUGUUCUUUUCUUUCACACUCCUCGUACAAUUAUCUUAGUUGAAUAAAGUAUAAUAAAUAGGAUUCAAUUAUCUUUUUCAUAAUUAACCUGGGGCCAAGAGAUACAGUAUAGGAUACUAUAAGAAGUGGUUUUAGGCCUUUAAGAUGCUGCACUAUAAAGUUGCCUUGGUGGAGAUAUUUUAUUUAAACUAAACAUAGUGGAUAUAAUCAGGGGCCCCUGGAAGUCCUGGUCAAAUAAACUAGACAAUAAGUUUUAAAAUAACCUUAUUUCUAGGUUAACCAGACCAGAUUGUUUUUAGAAUGCAUCUUGUUUACCCAGCCCUUUUCAACAGACAACAGCCAUAUAUUUCUGCCCCUACCCAGAGGUGUACAGGCAAAAAAAAACCCAGCAAUCUGCAAUGCCCCCUACCAAUUGUACAGUUAGUAACACUGGCACAAUAAGAGAUUGAUCUUACUGCACCUCUUGUAAUGGAGAACAGUUUAGACAGAACUAAUACCAGUAGAGCUAUCCAGUAGAAGUAGAAUUAUAGUUUCCACCAGGGUCAAUUUGCAGUACAUAUCUCGAUAUAUCCACAGUAUACUAAAAUUUGGUUUCGGAUACGAAACUGUGAAUGACUUGACAAUCCUGACUGAAUAUUACAAAAUUGCAAACAUUAGGAUAAUGCUAAAUUGCCUCCAUUGUUCUCCCAAUUAGCUUCAAAUGAAGUUGCAUCCCUACCAAUGUUAUUAUAUUGGCACUAACAACACUGGCAUAGACUGUUCAAGAUUGAAUACUAUUAGUCUGACUUCUUGAAAAUAACCGGCCUUUAAUUUUCAACUUUUGGUGGUCUAGUUGUUGACUGUUGAGUCUCCGGUUGUUAUUGUAAUAUACGUCAUAAUGUCAGUGCAUGGUUCAAGGAAAAUAUGGUAACCAGUAUCCAGAAAUGGGAUACUAGAUUCUUGGAUGGGAUACUAGAACUUUGUAUCCUGGUAUCCCAGUGGGUAUUGAAAAAUAUUCUAAAUUUCAGGCCCUGCUUUCCAUUGUAGUUUAGUUCAAUUAACAUAUUACUCAUAUAAUAUAUUACCAGUUAGUGCUGGCUCAAAUCAAGGGCGACAGUCAUGGGUGGAUGCACCCCCUCCCCCACACUAUUUGGGGUGGGGAGAUAAACAUAUAGUUACCAUAUUUUGCUUUCUGUACAAUUCAUGAUACAUGAGUAAUAGUUAUUCAGCGUCAGUUGUGGUCAGACUAACAUCAUCUCGCGAUUGAAAUACUUCAUCUUUAUUAAAAGAAAUCGAUGUUCUCAAUGAGUAUACAAACAGGCACAGUGAAAGCGCCCUAUCCCACAGCAGUGGUACUUGUGUUUCACUUGUUCUGAACAAGAAAGACUUGCCCCAAUCCUAUUGCCCCAAUCCACAUUUUUGCCCCAUUCCCACUGGACUUAAUUGAUACUUAAAUUUGUUAUGCUCCUUUUUAUCCAGAUGGCUUCUACUUGAAGAACUUCCUAUUCCAAUUCGCUCUGCUUGGAUUUGUGAUCUACCUCCUGACCACAACAACCUCGCCUCUGGCCCAGAUCAUUGCUGCAGUUGCAAUGGGAUUCUUCUUCCAACAGGUUGCAUUUGUCGGCCACGAUGCUGGUCAUCACCAAAUAACGCACGACCAAGAUACAGAUGAAAUUAUAGGAUUCCUUGUUGGUAAUACUCUUUCUGGCAUCGGCAUUGGAUGGUGGAAACGCAGCCAUAAUGCACACCAUGUUGUAACCAAUUCUGUAAACUGUGAUCCGGACAUUCAACACCUACCCGUAUUUGCAGUCACAGAUAAGUUCUUCAAACCGGUCAUCUCGACGUACCAUAAUAAAACUUUCUCCUUCGAUAGGAUUUCGAAGUUUUUUGUAUCGAACCAACAUUUGUUAUACUAUGCUAUAAUGGGUGUGGCAAGGUUUAACCUGUAUGUCCAGAGCAUUAUACACGUGUUGACGCAUUGUACAGGACGAAAGCAAAAAUUAGAGUUGAUUACACUGGGUAUCUUUUGGUGUUGGUUCUCGUUACUUUGCUCUCUUAUCCCAACACUGUCAGGAAGAGUAGUAUUCGUCCUGCUAUCCCAUUUCGUCGCAGGGCUAUUACAUGUUCAAAUCACCAUAAGUCAUUUCUCAAUGGCGACCUACCACGGUCUACCGUCUCACACCUACCAACGCGAUUCCUUCUUCGUGUCGCAAAUGGAAACAACCAUGAAUGUGGACUGCCAUCCUUACAUGGACUUCUUCCACGGUGGACUGCAGUUCCAAAUCGAGCACCAUCUAUUCCCUAGAGUAUCCAGACCCUACCUACGUGCUCUGUCCGCGAAAAUUCAAAAACUCUGCCAGAAACAUGAUGUACGAUACUUAUCUCUUAGUUUCUACGAUGCUAAUAAAGAAGUGCUUGGCUCACUAAGAGAGACUGCCAAGAAAGCUCAGUGUUUUUCCUCGUUUAUUUGGGAUGGAAUAAAUGCUGUUGGCUAGAAAACAUUUUGGACAAUGCAAAUGAUCGUAUUUAGGUUAUCCUGUGAAGUUCAAAUUCAAAACGUUCAAUGAAUUUGGUUGCAUAUAUAUUACAAAACCUUAUUUAAUUACUUGAAAUUUUAAAACACAUUUUUAGAAAUUUAUUUCACAAAGUUGUAUUAUUUGGCAUUUAUAAAAUGUUAUAUAAUCGUAUACCAGUAUUAUUGGUUGCAUAAAUGUAUAAUAUUAAAUUAAGAUAUUACAUUUUUAAUGUUUGUG